AUGUCGGCCUGGCACUCGGAGCAGGAUCCCAGCAACAGAUUGAGAACAUCCUCCAUUCACGUAGCCAACCUAUGUCUUGCUCUCUCCUCCUCCUCCUCUCCAGGCUUCCAUGUGAUCCCUUCAGUGUCCAGCAUUGUUCCUGAGAGCUGCCUGCUCAUCGUGGUGGGCCUUUUGGUUGGGGGCCUCAUCAAAGGGGUGGGGGAAGAGCCCCCCAUCCUCAAGUCGGACAUCUUCUUCCUCUUCCUUCUCCCCCCCAUCAUCUUGGAUGCCGGCUAUUUCCUCCCUUUGCGCCAAUUCACCGAGAACCUGGGCACCAUCCUCAUCUUCGCCGUGGUGGGGACGCUCUGGAACGCCUUCUUCUUGGGUGGCCUGAUGUAUGCCGUGUGCCAGCUCGGCGGCCCCAGCCUGAACCACAUCGGCCUCCUGGCCAACCUGCUUUUCGGCAGCAUCAUCUCGGCUGUGGACCCGGUGGCCGUGCUGGCCGUCUUCGAGGAGAUCCACAUCAACGAGAAACUUGUCUGGGGCUGGGAGAAGGCCAUGCAGCCCGGAGUGGGCUCCUGCGAGGUUGCCCUCUUGGUCCUCUACCAUCUCUUUGAGGAGUUUGCCAACUUUGAGCAGGUGACCAUUAUCGAUAUCAUCCUCGGCUUCCUCAGCUUCUUCGUGGUAUCGCUGGGCGGCGUCUUCGUGGGCGUCAUUUAUGGGGUGAUCGCUGCCUUCACGUCCCGCUUCACCUCCCACAUCCGAGUCAUCGAGCCCCUCUUCGUCUUCCUCUACAGCUACAUGGCCUAUCUCUCUGCUGAGCUCUUCCACCUCUCCGGCAUCAUGGCGCUCAUCGCCUCUGGCGUGGUCAUGCGGCCCUAUGUGGAAGCCAACAUCUCCCACAAGUCCCACACCACCAUCAAGUAUUUCCUCAAGAUGUGGAGCAGCGUGAGCGAGACCCUCAUCUUCAUCUUCCUGGGUGUCUCCACCGUGGCUGGCCACCACUACUGGAACUGGACCUUCGUCAUCAGCACGCUGCUCUUCUGCCUCAUCGCAAGAGUUUUAGGUGUCCUGGUCCUCACCUGGUUCAUCAACAAAUUCCGAAUUGUGAAGCUGACGCCGAAGGACCAGUUCAUCAUCGCCUACGGGGGCCUACGGGGAGCCAUCGCCUUCUCCCUCUGUUACCUCCUGGACUAUAAGCAUUUCGACAUGAGGGACAUGUUCCUCACAGCCAUCAUCACAGUCAUCUUCUUCACAGUCUUUGUGCAGGGCAUGACCAUCCGGCCCUUGGUGGACCUGCUGGCCGUGAAGAAGAAGCAGGAGACAAAGCGUUCCAUCAACGAAGAGAUCCACACGCAGUUCUUGGAUCACCUUCUGACGGGAAUCGAGGAUAUCUGUGGUCACUAUGGGCAUCACCACUGGAAGGACAAGCUGAAUCGCUUCAACAAGAAGUAUGUGAAGAAGUGCCUGAUAGCGGGGGAGCGGUCCAAGGAGCCCCAGCUCAUCGCUUUCUAUCACAAGAUGGAGAUGAAGCAGGCAAUCGAGCUGGUGGAGAGUGGAGGCAUAGGCAAGAUUCCCUCCGCUGUCUCCACCGUCUCCAUCCAGAACAUCAACCCCAAGACCCUCCCCGUAGAGCGCAUCCUUCCAGCCCUCUCCAAGGACAAGGAGGAGGAGAUCCGGAAAAUCCUUCGCAACAACCUGCAGAAAACCAGGCAGAGGUUGCGAUCCUACAACCGGCACACGCUUGUGGCCGACCCCUACGAGGAAGCCUGGAACCAGAUGCUCCUGCGGAGGCAGAAGGCCCGGCAGCUGGAACAGAAGAUGAACAACUACCUGACGGUGCCGGCUCACAAGCUCGAUUCGCCCACCAUGUCCCGGGCUCGCAUAGGCUCAGACCCGCUGGCUUAUGAACCUAAAACAGACUCGGAAAACCUGCCCAUCAUCACCAUCGACCCGGCCUCCCCGCAGUCCCCAGAGUCCGUGGACCUGAUGAACGAAGAACUCAAGGGCUGCGUGUGCCUCCCGCCCUCGCCUGAGGAUGACGAGGAGGGGCUGGUGAUGCGAGUGAAGGAGCCUUCCUCCCCGGGCACUGACGAUGUGUUCACCCCGGGGACCGGUGACAGCCCCAGCAACCAAAGGAUGCUGCGAUGCCUGAGUGACCCGGGGCCUCGGCCGGAGCCGGAGGAGGGGGAACCCUUCAUUCCCAAAGGACAGUAG